AUGGAAUCUCCAUCUUCAUCGAUACAAACCGAUUCAUGGUCUCCAUUUAACUAUUCUCAUCAUGCUCGAUUCGUGUCAGCUAUUCCACAAGACUUGAUAUUUUUACUAUCUCCUAAACCACAUGAGCGGAUCUUAGAUAUUGGAUGUGGUGAUGGUGUGCUCACCUUUCAGAUUCAGCAAAUGUGUAAGGAAUGUAUUGGCAUUGACAAAAGCCCUCGAAUGGUUGAGGCUGCACAAGCUAUAGGAUGUAAAGAUGUUAGAGUUGUUGAUGGUGGAAAAUUGAAAGAAUGGGUAAUUUCCGAAGGAUUUGAAGGAACUUUUGAUGCCGUGUUCUCUAAUGCUGGUAAUUGUUGA